AUCGGCGCUUCUCAUAUCCAGCUCAUCACAAACCUUUGGCCCACGCCGCAUUCGAAUUACCCGUGGUUUCUGCAGCGUCACGCCUAUCAUUCCUACGCUCUGAUCCGACCGGUCAGGCGCCAGUGCUUCCGCCACCUAGGUCCAUAAGGCGCUGCUCAGCCCCGCUGUGGGUAAGCUGUCGCUGCGAAAAAAAGGGCAAGGCGAUCACUGUCGCUCUCACAAUCAACGACCGCAUUCACCAUGGAUGAGGUCAGUUUACGUCGCAAGGACACCACCAAGGGUCCUCCGCUACGGAUUCUGUCUCUAGAUGGAGGCGGUGUUCGCGGCUACUCCAUGCUCAUCAUUCUUCAGGAACUCAUGUAUCGAACAUAUGUCGAAUGCGAAGGCAGGCCGCCUCGUCGCGACCAAAUACCCAAGCCCUGCGACCACUUCGACUUGAUUGCCGGCACCGGCACUGGCGGCUUGAUCGCGAUCAUGCUGGGCCGUCUCCGCCUCGACCUCGAGACCUGUAAAGAAGUCUACGUGCGCAUGACAAGGAGAGUUUUUGAGACGGACAAGACCAUCGCCGGUAUCCCUUAUCGCUCGACGUUGUUCAAGGCUUCGAAACUCGAGGAAGCUAUCCGGGAAUGCGUGCGCGAACACACCGUCUUCGAGGCCGAGGGUAAUGACCAACCGAAUGCUGGCAACAACCCUCGAGCAUCGAUGGCUAGUCUCCCCUAUGCCGCUCCGAACUCUGUACCUCAAAGAUCCGUCAGUCGAGGCAGUUUCAGCACGUCGCCGAUGUCCCAUCCCCAAAGUCCGGCAAGCCAAAGAGGGUCCACUUUCUUGAAUGGACUGCGCUGGGGAAAUCCGGAAGCUCUACUCUACGAUAAUCGAGAGUUCCGGACGAAAACCGCUGUCACCGCGUUAUACAAGGGUACGCAGCGCAACGGGUCAGCCGUACUUUUGCGAUCCUACGACUCUCGCCGAGAACCCCCACCCGAAUUUGACUGCACCAUCUGGCAGGCUGGCCGUGCCACAUCAGCCACGGGACUCGCCUUCAAGCCAAUUCAAAUUGGCCAGCAUGUGUUUAUCGAUGAAGGACCCGGAACGUACAACCCUGCGCCUCAGAUUCUCGAGGAGGCAGUUGCCAACGAGUGGCCUGGCCGGGAAGUUGGCGUGUUCAUUAGUGUUGGAACUGGCCGACGGCCUUCUGGCACUAACAACCGACAGCAUGAAUGGUGGGAGGAUUUCUUUGGUUCCGCGACAGGCACAUUCGCCGAGGCCCGACGACGACUGAUCUCGAAGAUCGAGGGCUGCGAGACUAUCCAUCAGGAAAUGCUGCGUGAUACGCUUGCCAAGCGUGGCGUCCCCAAAGACAACUACUACCGGUUUAAUGUGGAGGUUGGCGUGGGCGAGUUUGGUAUGAACGAGUGGAAUCGCUUGGCGGAUAUCAGCACCAAUACCCGGCAAUAUCUAGCCAAAGCGGAGGUGAAGAAAAUGAUCCUCGACUCCAGUGUGAAAUUUGCCAAGAUCGACCGCAUGAACAAGCGCCUUGCCCAGCAUGCGGCCGCUGGGGGUGACCGCGAUGACCUGUCAUUUGACCUGGAGCGCGAGGAGAUUGCAGUCCACUCACGAAACCCCUCGACCUAUUCGGUCCCCCCUCCAUCAAAUCAAUUCGCCAUCGAGCUGCCUGCUUCGCCGGUCGAGUACUUCCCACAUCCCCCUUCACAAGCUUCCCUCUCCCUCCCCACCAGUGUGACUGUGACCGCACCACCAGGAGAUGAUUCCUUGCCCACACAUCCAACCCCCCAGGACAGCAGCCUCCCAGUAUCACCGACACGGCACUCCAGCAGCGAUAUCGCUAGCUUCCGUCCCAGUCAUGAAUAUUCCCGGCCUUCCUCGCAACAGCAGAGCUCUCCUGGGCGCAGUGCCGAGCACGUUCCGUCUUACAACGUCUCGCCUCUGAACGGCAUGGCUCCGCCCGUUCCACCCAAGACACCCAUUCCAUACCCGUCCGCCGAGGACGGUGGUGUCUCGAUGCCCGCGCCGCUGUUCUCCCAACCGCACGUUCCCAUGCCGAGCGGCAAGGUGCGUCCGCCGUACCCCGUGGACGAGCCCCCGCCCGUGGUCAACCGGCAGCGCAAGCCGAGUUAUCACGUGAGGUGAUCAUCUAUCCAUACGGCUAUAAGCGCAGCAGUGCUGUAUUGAGGUUGAAUCACGAUCGCAAUGACUUUUUCUAUUUCAUUUCAUGCUCUAUGAUUUGAUGUUUCUUCUACUGGAUACCCUUCAGUCGGCACGGUGAAUAAGGAUUGAGGUGGACCGAGGAAUGGGCGGUGUCUAGGCGUCUACAUGUUUGCCUUUUUUUUGCUUUGGUUAUGUUUCUAUUCCCGGCGAAAGAUGCUGCCUUGGAGACUUGUGGUUAUGCACACGAAGUCAUACAAAGACAAAAAACAGUACAUCCUGCUAUCUGGCAGUUCGAUCUAUUUGGACUGGGUUGCCAGCGGGCCGCAGGGUUGAUGAAUGAUGAUGACAUUUACGAGCAUUGAGUUGGUCCCGGUUUCGUGUAUAUAGUAUACCAUGCCUCGGAAUAGAGGCACGAUGAAGAGCAGAUCAAAAUAUCCAAGUGAACUAUGACGAUG